AUGAACGGCCGUAUCCUGAACGAUAUUCUACGGAGCGAGUGGGGGUUUCGCGGCCUUGUCGUGAGCGACUGGGGAGGCACCAACUCUACUGUCGAAAGCCUCAUAACCGGUCUUGAUCUCGAGAUGUCCGGACCGCCUGAGCAAAGAGGGAGCAAGCUCCUGAAGGCCGCUACAGAAGCUCUGACUCCAGAGCUACUCGCCGCCAUUGAUACAGCCGUAACCAAUGUACUCAAUCUCCUGAAAAAGUACAAACUGCUUGGUUUGAGUGCAGAACAGGCUCACGAGUCUCGAAACCAGGAGGAGCACUCGUACACUUUGGAUGAGGACAUCAAAGUCAUACGCAAGGUGGCCGCGGACGGGAUUGUUUUGCUCAAGAACACGCAGAAAACGCUGCCGUUACCGCUGCAGCCUCUUGCUGGGAAACAAGUCGCCUUUAUUGGCCCGAAUGCGCUUCAAGGAACCCCCGGAGGAGGCGGAUCUGCCAGUCUGAACCCACAAUACCAGAGCUACAUGAUGGAAUCAUUCCAGACUGUAGCGGCCUCGCAGGGCGUCACCGUAUCUGUCAAGCACGCUCUCGGGGCCUACGCGCGAAAGUGGCUGCCGUUGGCUGCCAAAGCGACUUGGCGGCUACCUCAGUUGCCAAAAGAGGGUGGUGACGACCAAACCAUCUUACGCAUGGACUUUUUCUCUUCACCAGACCUCUCAGGGCCCGUGAAGGGGACACACUACCGCUCCAACUCUUACAUGGAUCUCACAGAUACUUGCCCCGCAGACUUUCAGACGGACCACGUCCCCCCCUUUCCAUUCCGGAUCACAUCAGCCCUUACACCCCUCUCCACAAGAAACCACUCGUUCAGCUUGAGCAGUGUAGGUGGCUCGAAGCUCUACGUGGACGGCGAGCCGGUGGUGGACAAUGGCAUCUGGUACGGCCUGGCAGAGACCUUUUACGCGUUUGGCAUUGCUGAGAAACGAGGAUCAAAGCACUUGACUGCCGGGAAGAGUUACGAAGUUACCCUGGAGUGCUGGACGAGACAAGACAAGGAAUAUUUUGAGACCCUCCCGCCUGAUACGAAUUAUCACUUUGCCGCAUACCCUUCUAUUCGAAUCGGUUACCAGGAAGAGGUGCCAACCACAGAGGAGCUCUUGACAGAAGCCGUUCACUUGGCUGACGAGAGCGAAUAUACCGUGGUCAUUGUUGGCUUGGACGAGGAACGGGAGAGUGAGGGCUACGACCGCCGAGACAUGGCGUUGCCCGGAGACCAAAACCUCCUAGUUGAUGCACUCGUGCGCCGGGCCAAGAGGCCAGAAAGCCUGAUCUUCGUAAAUCAGUCUGGAUCGCCCGUCGAGCUUCCGUGGAUCGACCGAGUGUCAACCUUCUUGCAGGCGUUUUAUGGCGGCCAAGAAGCAGGCAACGCCUUCGCCGACGUGCUCUUCGGCCUAGUCAACCCAUCCGGUCGGCUUCCCAUCACAUGGCCGCGUCUCUAUUCCGAUCUGCCUUUUAGCCUCGCACCAGAGACUGGCCCAGAAAGGAUGGAUCUGUCGACUACAAAGAAGAGUCGCAGGUACUAUUGUCAUAACCCAACCAAGGAGCCCCAGUGGUGGUUCGGCCAGGGUGAAAGUUACACUCAUUUCUCUACAUCAAGCUUCUCGGUCGCUGAGGAUGAGGGUCGAUGGGUGUUAAGUCUGUUGGUGAAAAAUACUGGUCGUUUUGACGGUCAGGAGGUUGUGCAAGUCUACGCUUGCCAGAAGGACCGGCUCGUGGAAAGGCAGUUAGUCUGCUUCGGGAAGACAGCGCUCAUAGGGCCAGGCCAGUCAACGUACGUCCGUGUGGUUAUCCAGAAGCGAGAUAUGGCUCGCUGA